CAUGAUCAGUGUUUUAACUGCUUGUAGCCCUGCACAACAGCCUCUGCGCGGUUUGACAUCAGACCUGAGUGGGCCGACAGGGACUGUAAAUCCCCCACGGCACUCAGUAACUUGUGACUUAUUACGGGUUCAAUCAGGUCUCCACGUCCGCGCAGCUCGGAGCGUGGGCAGCUCGCCGCUUUUACAACCAUCACCCGUGUCAGGCCAUUUCUUGUAAAUACCCGCAGUUCGCAGAACGCACUCUUCCGGAUGGAGCCGUCUGCGAGGCUCUGAUUGGACCGGAGCUGGCCCCGCCCCCUGUCGGUUCAUUCAUCCACGGAGCUCGAACCUUAUAGGCGUGUGUUCUGGAGAAAACACUUGAUUUAAUCUGACAGGAGGUCGUUCAUCAACUCAGAACCAGGAGCGGAUCUGACCAAACAGCUGCACAGAUAAAGCUAAAUAUAUAUAUAAAUAUUUCCUGUCAAGAUGUCCAACUCUGGAGGUCGGAGGCUGAAGCAGUGGCUGAUGGAGCAGAUCCAGAGCGCUCUGUACUCCGGGCUGCAGUGGGAGGAUGAAAGCCGAACCAUGUUCCGAAUUCCGUGGAAGCAUGCAGGGAAGCAGGAUUACAAUCAGGAAGUUGACGCAUCCAUCUUCAAGGCCUGGGCUGUGUUUAAGGGCAAGUUUAAGGAGGGGGACAAGGCAGAGCCUGCAACCUGGAAGACCAGACUCCGCUGUGCGCUCAAUAAAAGUCCCGACUUUGAGGAAGUGACUGAAAGGUCACAGCUGGACAUCUCCGAGCCAUACAAAGUGUACCGCAUUGUACCCGAAGAGGAGCAGAAGCAUGGGAGAAGUCCAGUGAUGCCCAUGACUGCUGCCACCAGCUCUAACGAUUUAAGAGACAUGGACUGCAGCCCUGCAGAAAUUGAGGAGUUUAUGAAAGAGGAAGAGAGCUGCAGYAUUCAAACGAGUCCAGAGUCUUGGUCCCAGGGUAGCAUCAAUGCUUUCCCACUGCAUCAGGACCCCAUGCCAUCGGGGACCUCCAGUUCAGCUUUCUCGCAGAUGAUGAUCACUUUUUACUACGGAGGWAAGCUGAUGCAGAGCACCGUGGUGACCCACCCUGAGGGCUGCAGGAUUUCCCCGCAGCAGCACCUGGGCCGCAGCGCCCUCUAUCAUUCGGACAGCAUGCAGAGCGUUCACUUCCCCCCCGCCGAGCACAUCGAGUACGAUCGGCAGCGUUACGUCACGCGCAAGCUGCUGGGCCACCUGGAUCGGGGCGUGUUGGUGCGCGCGAACCAGGAGGGCAUCUUCAUCAAGMGGCUGUGCCAGAGUCGCGUGUUCUGGAGCGGCCUCAGCGACCUGAGCUCACAGUACAACUCCACGCCCGGUAAACUCGAGAGGGACGCCGUGGUCAAGAUAUUUGACACCGGAAGGUUUUGUCAAGCUUUGCAGCUGUACCAGGAGUGUCAGAUUCCGGCCCCUGACCCAACAGUGACUCUGUGUUUUGGAGAGGAGCUCAAUGAUCUCGCCAGUGCUAAGAACAAACUGAUCAUUGUGCAGAUCACCAUGGUGAACUGCCAACACAUGCUGGAAACGGCGAACAUGCGUCGCUCUCAGCCGUACAACAACAACCCAAACACAGAGCUGUGUGACGACAUGGCCACGGAGCAGAUGGCUCGGAUCUACCAGGACUUGUGCAGCUACAGUGUUCCCCAGAGAUCAGCCUGCUACAGGGACAACAUGCCCAUCACUGUGUGAUCGGACCGCAGUCCUUCAGCAGCCCAACACAUCAGGGACAUUCUAGGUUCCUCUCAUGUACACUGAGAAAGGAAAACAACAAAUAGUAAAAAGAUAAGAAUAUACCUAUUUUAUUUCAGUAGGACUUUUAUUUGGAUGCUCAAAUUGAAACUCUUUAAGAUUUUUUUCUGCAGCAGUUGUGUAUAUUUUUGUGUCAAGACAAAGGGAAAGGACUUGUUUAUUUUCUCCUCCAAGAAGAUCCUAUUCCAGUCAGUUCAGAUAUCAGUUUGACAGAAAUAUGUAGUCAGUUCUCAAACUAGAUCAGUUUUUUUUUACAUAUUUGCAACUCUGUGUAGAAAAAGAAAACUCAAGAAAUGAAUAUUUUUCCACAUAUUGUUCUAUUUUCUACAGAAAACAAACUUAUUUUUUAUAGAAAUUGUCAGAAAUUGCACAAGAUUUUCACGCAAUAAAGUGUUAGUGUACAGAUAGGUUUUACUAUCAUUCUUAUGUAAAGUGUUUUUUUAAUAAAACUUUUUUUUACUGAAUUUCA